GGAGAAGGAAUCGCGCUCUCUGAUCUCGCAGCCCCACCGGGACCAUCGCCUUCCAUCCCGCAGGUGCCCAGGGAUGGGGAGCUCCCCCCAAAUAUCUCGGAGAGCAGGAGUUGGGGAUGGAGACCAGGGAGGACAAAUCCCCACGGCAGAACCUCAUGGAAGAGGCCAUUUUGAGCAGCUCCAUGGCUCAGGAAUCCAAUGGGGAGGAAAAGCCUGAGAGAUGCCGCACGAGGAAGGGCUCCAAACACAGAUCGCAGGGAUCCGAGGAGGAAGGACCCAGCCUGGGCUUGGGUGGCGGCAGGAGCUUCAGCUGGAUCUCCAACCUGGUAGUCCAUCAGCAGCUUCACACCAGGGAGCGGCCCUACAGGUGCUUGGAGUGUGGGAGGAGCUUCAGCCACACUUCCAAUCUCUUCGUCCACCAUUGCGUGCGCACGGGGCAGAAGCCAUACAAGUGCCUGGAAUGUGGGAAGAGCUUCAGGUGGAGCUCCAGCCUCAUCAAGCACCAGCACCUGCACACCGGGGAACAGCCCUGUGAGUGUGGGGAAUGUGGGAAGAGCUUCAGCCAGAGCUCAUUACUAGUCGAGCACCAGAAGAUCCACGCUGUGGAGAGGCCCUAUGAUUGUCCUGACUGUGGGAAGAGGUUUCAAAGCAGCUCCAGACUCCUCAUGCAUCAGCGGACACACACGGGCGAGAGGCCCUUCCGCUGCCCUGAGUGUGGGAAGGGCUUCAAUCAAAACUGCCACCUCAUUAGGCACCGGCACAUCCAUACCGGGGAGGAGCCCUGCAAGCGUGAGGAAGGUGGGAUGAGCUUCAACCAGAGCUUCAGUCUGACCUCGCACCGGAUGAUCCACACUGGGGAGAGGCCCUUCCAUUGCCCUGAGUGCGGGAAGGGCUUCAGCCACAACUGCAACCUCGUCAGGCACCGGCGCAUCCACACCGGGGAGAGGCCCUAUGAGUGUCCCCAGUGUGGGAAGAGCUUCACCCAGAGCUGUCACUUGACCAGACACCAACGGUGCCACCAAUAAGGGAAGCCCUAUGAAUGCCCCAACUACGGGGAGAGCUUUGUGCACUGCUCCAACUUCAUCCGCCACCGGAGGAUCCAUGUUGGAUGAUCCACAGUGACCCACAUUGGGCAGAGACCUGGUGACCCCCAUUUCAGAUGAUCCCCCUUGGAGUGGGGGGAAGGUGUUUGAGAGAUUUCACUUCUUCUUCUCCUGCUCUGAUUUUGUUGGUAAUAAAUGCAGUCCCCAGGCUGGGUGUUUUUCCUGUGCUGGUGAUCAAGGCAGGAUCUCUCCCAGGCCCUGUCUCAAUGCCUGGGCCUUUUCUCAGCCAGUCAGAAAAGUCACUAAACGAUUUUUAGCCAAGCAGAGCUUUUCUCACUGGUACCCAGCAGAGCCACAGUGCCCAGCGCUCCCCACCUGGACCCCACCUGGGAGCCGAAUUUAGGGAGGGGAGAGGUUUCAGCACCUGGUGGGACAUCUGGGGGCAGCUGGGGCUGUACUGGUGGUGGUACUUGGAGCCACCCCAACUGUGGUGCAGAGCUGUCAGGUGAGUAGAAGGAGUGGGAAGAGGAGCCAGGGUAUGGUGGGAAAGGUAGGGAGGGGAGGGGAAAUGGGUGGGUGGGACCCACAAAAUGAGUUGGCAGGGUGAAGGGAGUGGGACCUCCCCCAAAGCAAGAAUGGGAAGGGAGCUGAGGACUGCUGGAUGACAGCAAAGGGGUGGGAGAGGUUAGAAGAGGGUUGGGAAAAGGAAGGAUGGCAUCCUAAAACUGAGUGGGCAGGGGCUGGGGAUUGGGGGGUGUUGUGUGAAAAGGGUUGGGAAAGGGGCAAAAAGCGGCAUCUAGUGUUGGGACGGAUGAAAGUUUGACAAGAAUGUCUCACAGAUAGCGUGCUUGGCAGAAAGAUUUUUGAAUAUAGAAUCUGAAGAAAGAACAGAGAUGAAAGCAAGUUUUGAUAUAGAAGAAAAGAAUUGCUGAGCCAGUCUUACUGGAUAACUAAGAAGGCAAUGGGUAUGUUAGUUAGAGGGGUUUUCUAUGGCUUAGAGCAGAGGAUAAACCCGCCUCAAACAAGAAGAUGUUUUGUCGUGGUUUGAGAGGAAAUGAGUUUUUGGGAGGUGGUGGUGGUCAAACCAAUAGGUGCUCAGAUGUGGAUAUUGACACCUGGUUUGACCAUUGAGGA